CUUCCGUCAAAUACGGAAAAGAUGCAGUCGCCAUUUUACAUCGUCGAUUUUUACGUGUGUGUGCAGUGCAGUUACUUUACGACUUAAAUUCUUAUUACGUGGGCGUAAAACAUUUAGUGGCAUAUUUUUUAAUAAUUUUCAAUUGCUAAAAGUUAGUAAGAAAAUAUGGGACGUAAAAAGAAGAAGCAAUCAAGACCUUGGUGUUGGUAUUGUAAUCGGGAAUUUGAAGAUGAAAAAAUUCUUAUACAGCAUCAAAAAGCAAAACAUUUUAAAUGUCACAUUUGUCAUAAAAAGCUUUAUACGGGACCAGGACUUAGUAUACAUUGUAUGCAGGUACAUAAAGAAGCAAUAGAUAAGGUACCUAAUUCUUUGCCAAAUCGAAGCAAUAUUGAAAUAGAAAUUUAUGGUAUGGAAGGUAUACCACCAAAUGAUGCUAAAGAGCAUGAAAGGCAAAGAAAUGGUGGUAGACCUGGUUCACCAAGUUCAGGUGAAGAUGAACCAGUUCGGAAAAAAACAAAGCCUGAAGGUUUAUUAGGUUCUGCACCAGGAGCAAUGCCUACAGGUUCCAACAUGAUGCCAGGUGUAAUGCCAGGUAUGGCAGCUCAUCCUGGUAUGCCACCAAUGGGACAGUUCCCACCACCCAUGCAUCAUAUGAUGGGACCUAUGGGUCCCGUAGGUCCACCUUUCAUGGGUCCUGGUAUGAUGCCUGGAAUGCCAGGUAUGCCACCAGGUAUACAACCACCAGUAUCAGGUGCAUCCAUACCACCAACACGACCAUUAUUUCCAAGUGCUGCAGCUGUUUCGACAGCUGCAUCUACAUCUGUGACUUCUCCUUUAGGCACAGAUUUUAAACCAAUUACAUCAGUGGCUGGUGGAUCUAUAGGACCUGUUAAGCCAACAUUCCCUGCAUAUAGUAAUGCAGAUAGCAAUACUACGACUAAUAAUAAUAUUGGAAAUGAUCAAAAAGUAAAUCUUAUAGCCACUACUAGUGCUGCCAUUAAAAUCAUUCAUCCUCCAGAAGAUCUUAGCUUAGAGGAAAUUAGGGCAAGACUUCCAAAAUAUCAGCGUCGUCAAACUGAAGAAACUCGAACUGUACAAGCUGCUGAUGCCAAUCAGCAAGCUGCUGUAUUACAGCAACAACAACAACAGCAACAGCAGCAACAACAAGCUGCUGCUGCAAAUGCAGCUGCUGCAUUUCAGGAUCAACAGCAGCGACAACAAGCGGCAUUAAAUGCACUUCAACAACAACAACAAAGAUUUCAGAGACCUCCGCAAGCAGUAAUGGUUCCUGCAUCUGCAGCGAUGCCUGUUAGUUCUGUUGCAUUAAUGGCUCCGCUUAUGCGGCCCACUAUGACUCUAGCCGCGCCAGCUCUGAUUCAUGGAGGUAACAUGAUGCGACCGCCCCCCAUGGGCCUACCACCAGGUGGGUCGAGCGGCCAACGAUAUUGCAUCUGUUCUGAUUCCUUCAACGCCGGACAGCCACACUUUGAUUUUGGACACAUCACGACUCUUUGGACGUGAAAUGCCUCUUCUUGAAACUAGAGUACUCGGUAUGAUAGGAGCUUUGCCACCGGGAGCAAUGCAUCCGGCAUUCGCAGCUCCAAUGGGUUUCCCCGGUGCACCAAUGUUGGCUCCGAUGAUGCAUCCACGCUUCAGAUGAUCACCUCCUAUGGACGGGCCCACCCCGCCACUGCACUUCGUGCUCUGGGCCCGCCCCUAAAUUUGAUUAGGGUCCGGACCUGAUUGACAAGAAGAGGAGAGAAAAAGCACGCGUAAAACAUGUUAGCUCGCGUGGGCACGCAUUGUUGAUCGGCCGCGGCUGCACUUGACGCAUCCUCUCCUACGAAGUUUACACGAAGUUAGCAAAAAUCUUUGUUUUUUUUUUAUAAUAUCAUUGCAAAACACACAUCACGUCAGUGCCUGAGAGGGUUUACCAGGUGCAGUGGAAACGGUCGGUCGUCCUUCUCUCCCCCGCCACCUCGCCACCCAGCCACCCCUCUUUCCCCUCGAUUUUUCUGCCUUCGGUAAUAAGAUAUCGAAUAAGUCCAAUUCUAUUAAUUCCCUUUUCUUCCACGCGUGGCGCGCGAUCGCGCGAUAUCAGCGCGACGACACUAACUUCUUCCCGAAGGAGUCUGAAGUCCCAGGUGAGCAACGAAAUAUUUUUUUUUUUUUGUUGUAAAAACAAUUUUGUUGUUUGCCUAAAAAACGAAAACAAGGUGAUUUUGAUCCUUCGGGUUUUGAUUUACCUUUUCUAUGGAUAUAUUUGUUGUUACGUUAUAUAAGAGUACCUGGUAUUGAAAUUGUAGUUACUGAAAAGGAUGGUGGUAUUAUGUUGUUAAUGGCUGUUAAUGAGCACGAAAGCUUUCGCGUAGAGAAUUCGUACGCUACUAAUACAAAAAUUGUAUUGUUGCAAUUUUUUUUUUUUUUUACGUUGCUCAUCGUGAUAAACGAAUCACGAAAUCAGCUCUGGAAGGUGUGUUUCAUAUCUUUCGGCUGAAUGUGUCUGAGUAGAAGAAACUUCUAUAUACGAUUUUUCCGAUUUUUCGGUUGUCCUUUUAUUUUUACGGUAGACCGUUUCCACGCGCUGUUUCUCAGUCUCUGCACCAGUGUUCUCUUGGAGAGACGCGAUCGCGGAAAGGUGGCAUUUCACACUGCAGCUCAACAAACGACGAAAUUUUUUCUCUCUCUUAUAUAUAUAUAUAUAUAUAUAUAUACACAUAUAUAUACAUGUAUGUAUGUAUGUAUAUAUAUAUAUAUAUAUACACACACACACAUCAUAUAAAAUACCGUAUAAUAAUAUAUAUUAAACAUUAUACAAAUUUUAAUUUUUUCCACUUUUUGAUUUCGAUCUCUGUGUUUUAUUUCCUCUUUUUUUUUCAAAGUAAUCAAGUCAUCAAAAAUAAAAAAAAAAGUUUAUAUUCAAGCUGCAGCGUGAACAUUCUGUCGCCUCAGGUUAGUUUGUCACAACUUUUAUUUUGUUAACAUUCCAGAUCGAGUCGAUUUACUUUUCGCCACGUAUUUUUAUAUAUCUUUCCUCUUGUGUAUAUGUUUUUUUUUUCGCAUUUCACUCGUUGAUAAGAUAAAUUAUUAAAAGAUUCUCGUUUUCGACAUGUUUACGGAAACGAAGAGGAAGAUGCGAAGAUUUCUGUAAUAUACGGCGCGUUAUAUGCGCGUAUAUUAUCACAUCUAGCUUGCAUAUUUGAAUUAUUUUUUUCCCAUUGUUAACGAUAUAAAAGAUAUUUUAAAAAUAAAAAUCGCUCGUAUUUAAGGUGGAAUCAUUAUUGCGUAUAAAAUCUAUUUUUUUUUUUUUUUUUUAAGAAAAUCUUUUCCUCGAAAUUUUAAUAUUAUCGAUAGAUAUAUUUUAUUAAACAAAUGUUCACAUUUAUUUGUUUCGUUAUAUUUCAUUAAAAAAAAGACAUUUGAAUAAUUUUGCAAAAAAAAAAAAAAAACAAAUUUCUAGAUAGUACGUAGAUAUAUAAUAGUGAUAGAUAAUUAUUUUACAUAAAGAUUUUCGCAAAUAUCACAGUUCGUAUAAAUUCAUUCGUAGAAUUUUUAAAAUAAUUCUUUUUAUCGUUAAUAAUAGUAAAAAUAAUUUGCAAGCUGUGUGACAUCUAUAGCAUAUUUUAUUCGUAAAGUUUGUUUUUUGUAGCAAAUUAUCGGAACGAAAAUAAUUUUUAUUAAAGAUAUAAGAAUAAAAUUGAAAACGAAAAGGAAAACGAAAAAAUUUUGUUUGAUUCAAUUUGAUUCAAUUUUAUCAUUAAGAUAUCUAUUUCAUUUAAUUAAACGAGUUUUUCCUUUUAUUAUAUCGAUAAAAAUGUUUCAAUGUUCUCUUUAUUAAAUGCAUCUCACCCGAUACGCUUUUAAAAAGAUUUUACAAGAAACAACAAUGUUAAUUUACAAUUUUGUACGUCCACGUUUUCUGACAUUUUAUAAAAUAGUUAUUGAUUAUUCAUUUAUGUUUUUCUUAAUUUCUCUUCUUCUAAACAACGCUUGUGAACGAACAAUGCGAAAAAUUUAUAGGCCUUUCUUCGAUAUGAAGUCAUAUUUCCUUUUUGUUUUUUUUCCCAAUUUUUCUCUUUUCUUUUUUUUUUCUUAUAAAUUGUAAAUUACAUAUCAUCAUUACAAUUAAUUAAUUAGAACGAAAGACAAACGAAUAAUAUAAUAUAUAUAUAUAUUAGAAUUAGAAUUUAGAAACGGAUCGAUGAAGUAGAAAAUAUUUGCUUCCGUGGACGGUACGAAUUAUUUUAAUCGAAUACGUUAAAAGAUGCAUUUAAAUAAGACGGUUCAAUUUAUUGGUCGAAAAGUAGAUGUGAUCGAUUCGAUCUGCGAAGCCCUAUUUCUUUGCAAGAAACGUGUUGGCAACGCAUGAGUGAGUGGUAAGUACGGAGGGUGCUCAGGAAAAUCGAUAUCAGCUCUCUCUACACUCGACUCACGCCGUUUUCUUUACAUUAUCCUAUGCCAAAUUAUUCACGUUCCGGUCGUAAAGUAUAUGGUGAUAUUAUUUAUAAAUAUAUAUAUAUAUAUAUAUAUACAUAUACAUGUAUAUAUGUAUGCAUGUAUAUAUAUAUAUAUAUAUUAUGCAAAUGAUUUGUCACGAUUCGUAUUGGGAUAUAUAUCGAAAAAAAUAUAUCGUUUAAUAGUUUAUAAGUUCUGUUAAGUUUGUUGUAAUAAAUACCAAAUCCUCUACGAUCGGAUCGGAAAUUUGACUUCAUCGGAAACUUCCUGUUUCCUCUCUUCAAUCUUCUCCAUUGAUUGAUCCUUUAUUUUCUCUUUUAUCGUUUUAUUAUUUCUUCAGGGUGUCUAUUGAUAGGAAAACGAAAUCUGUAAAGAGAGAAAAAAAAAAAAGGAAAAGGAAAAAAAAAAAGAAAAAGAAAAGAUUUAAUAACUCGUAAAAACAUAUCGCGAUCACAUUACACAACGAUAACCUGCGAUAAAUUAUGAAACGAGAAAAGAAGAAAAAAAAAAGAAAUGUUAUUAUAUUAUGAGAUUAGUGUUUCGUAGGUGGGAGGGAGUGAUCGAAUCAUUAUUUAUCAAGAUUUUAAUCUCGAUAAAAUGGCAAUAAUAUAAUCGCAAAAGCUUGAACUUUUCAUACGUUUCAUGCUUUCAGAGUAACGGAAAUCGGCACGUAAACGUAUUGCGAAAGUGUGGCGAAGACGGUGCAAGAGGAGGCUGCAAACUUAAGCCAUGAGAUAUUGUCCGCUUACUGUACGUUGACAAUAUAAUAGAAAUUAUGAAUUGUACAAACAUGUAAUUCACCUGUUUGAUCAUCAAAGUACGAAUUCGUUAUUAAUUUUCUUUCACUUCCUCAAGGUUCACCUCAGUAGGCACCCUGUUUGUCUAUUCUUUCUCUCGACUUUGAUCAUUAUUUCGAGAAAAAAAAAUGAACGAAACGGCGCAUAACCGCGGCGCAAAACCACGUGUACGUACCUUAAAAAAAAAAAAAGAAAAAACAAACAAAAAAAAAACUACGCAUCGUUAUAAAUAUACUUCAUUUUCAGGGGUUGUCUUUCCGAAUCGUGUCUUUCGAGCCGUUUUAUCUCGAGGGAUCAAAGGUGACUCGUGCAACCGUCGUGUUAUAUAAAAUACUUUCGAUUGAAUUUCACGCGGGAAUCACGAGGGACGCUUCUCGUCUCUUCGAAUCGCUUCGAGGCCUGCCAAGAUACGCCGCUUGGCCAGACAUUGUUUCUCGACCGCGCUUUCCUUUCGUUCUCAGAUUCGGCAGGACAAUCUGAUCACAGAAUUGGACAUGUAGAAGUUCUGUUAUUUAUUGAGUGUCACAUUAUCAACUUGUUCCGAAUAAAGACGUUCUGUGGAAAGUCCGAAA